GCACUCAGACCCUCCCUCAACUUCUUCCCAAGGAUGAUGUCCACAGAAAGCGCCAACAGCUUCACGCUGAUCGGGGAGGCGUCGGAUGGCGGCACCAUGGAAAACCUCAGCCGGAGGCUGAAGGUCACUGGGGACCUCUUUGACAUCAUGUCUGGGCAGACUGACGUGGAUCACCCCCUGUGCGAGGAGUGCACGGACACACUGCUCGACCAGCUGGACACACAGCUCAACAUCACUGAGAACGAGUGCCAGAACUACAAGAGAUGUCUGGAGAUCCUGGAACAAAUGAAUGAGGAUGAUAAGGAGAAGCUGCAGACAGAACUGAAAGAACUUGCCCUGGAGGAAGAGCAGCUGAUUCAGGAGCUGGAGGAUGUUGAGAAGAACCGCAAGGUUGUGGCCGAGGACUUUGAGAGAGUCCGGGCAGAGGCAGAGCGGCUGGAGCAGGAGGAGGCUCAGUACCAGAAGGAAUACUGUGAGUUCAAGAGGCAGCAGCUGGAGCUGGAUGAUGAGCUGAAAAGUGUGGAAAACCAAAUGCGCUACGCCCAGAUGCAGCUGGACAAACUGAAGAAAACCAACGUCUUCAACGCCACCUUCCACAUCUGGCACAGUGGUCAGUUUGGCACAAUAAAUAACUUCAGGCUUGGCCGUCUCCCCAGCGUUCCCGUGGAGUGGAACGAGAUCAACGCGGCCUGGGGGCAGACGGUGCUGCUGCUCCACGCCCUCGCCAACAAAAUGGGGCUCAAGUUCCAAAGGUACCGGCUGGUACCCUAUGGCAACCACUCAUACCUGGAGUCGCUGACGGACAAAUCCAAGGAGCUCCCCCUGUACUGCUCAGGAGGCCUGAGAUUCUUCUGGGACAAUAAGUUUGAUCACGCAAUGGUGGCUUUCCUGGACUGCGUGCAGCAGUUCAAGGAGGAAGUGGAGAAAGGUGAAACCCGGUUCUGUUUGCCUUACAGGAUGGAUGUGGAGAAAGGAAAGAUUGAAGACACCGGUGGCAGCGGUGGCUCCUACUCAAUUAAAACACAGUUUAACUCAGAGGAGCAAUGGACAAAAGCACUAAAAUUCAUGUUAACUAACCUGAAGUGGGGUCUCGCCUGGGUCUCAUCCCAGUUCUACAACAAGUAACCGUGUGGAGAACUCGUCCUGGCAGCUGUGGAGUGUCUGCACCGCGUCAGAGAAAGUCAGAUCAAGACGUCUCUUAAUAUUAACCAGUACAAAAUGUUUACAAUACCAAAAAUCCACAAGACACUUUAUUUAAAAUACCAUUAUUACAAGUAGUCUAUAGAAAAGCAAUAUGUAAAGUUAUAUCAUGGACCUGAACAGAAAAAUAAAAAAAAAAUCAGGUGUUAAAUAGAA